AUGCCAAGAGCCAGUCGAGGUGCAAACGGCAAAGCAGCUGAAGCGCUGCGGAGGCUUGCUGAAGCUCGUGAAAGCGGUAGGCGACCAAGUGAGGACUAUGAGCUCGAAGAACCUGAGCGGGUAUACGAGGCGGUGGACGAGGACACGUAUCGAUCGCGUCGGGCGGAAGAACGCCACCAGGUACGAAGCUUCAUUGUCAAGGACCGGGCAACGUUCUCGGGCAGCUCCGAGGACGAAGACUGCUUGACGUAUUCAGAGGAGGAGAGUGAAGGGCGAACAAGCGCUCGAUCACGUGUGCGCGCGGGACGACAGCGAAGCAGGGAGCGAGGCUCGAGUGCUACAGUGGCGCGGAACCUGCUCAAACCGACUCAAACUCGUUUCCUGGGGCAGCCUACAGUACCGGGGACGCUCAAAAUUGAGCAAGCCGCUCUGGCUACUUCCGUUGCGUCACAUGGGCGUGUGCAGUCAGCCUCAAGCUCUGGUCGACGCAAAAGCUUGGUUGACGAACUGCUCGCUGAGCAAGAUGAAUGGGCAGCGGGCGAGGAACGCACGUUUGUCGCCUCGAGAGCGCGCGGAAACGAUAGUCGCCCGCUAGAUGCACAGCCAAAUCAGCAUCCGACAUCGGGUGUGAUAUCGGCACCACGACGGCGACGUGGCGCCCAAGAUCUGCUCGUGGAGAGUGGCCCGCAGAUCCCACUCGAAAGCCGUUCAGAUACGGAUCACGAUCACGAGCAUGAUCCGAGAACACCCAGUACCCAAGAAAAAUCUUGGACGACUCUCCAGGCUGCAAAUGCGAGCGAUUCUGAAAAUGACAUGGAGGUGAACGACGUCGACGCCGACCUCCUCCUGGAUCGCGUACUUGAACUCGAGGCCGAAUACGCCCACGAGGCAACUGAAAACGGAGUAACUGCCGUAGAAGGCGAUCUUCCUGGUGAUCGCGUUCCCGCGCUAACCUUUUUCGCGCUCGACAUGCAGGAAAUUUUGGACAAAGUCUUCGUGUUCGGUCGAGCUCUGUUGCCGGAAACAAGCUCUUCAACUGCGGUUUGUGUUCAAGUUUGCGGCAUUGAAAGGGAAAUCUUCUUCUUGCCUCGAAUGUACGUAGACUGCCCCGACGACGAGCAGGCAACACCACGUCCCUACCCGAUCCUUGCGUCCGAGCAGGAGCCAAGAUUGGCCCCCAUCUCAGAAGGCAUUGCUUUCUCCUGUGUCUACGAGGAAGUCAAGUCAGUUUUGCUGGCUCGCGGCAUCACCGAAUUCACCGCCCGUCGCGAGGAACGUUGUUUCCUUACGAACCAGAUCGAUCGUCGCCGGGCGGAAGUAACAUCGUGUUUGCGUGUGCGAUACCCGGCAAAGUAUCGAGCUUUGGAAACUGCUCUCGAGGGCCAGACUUUCUCCCAAAUCGUUGGUUCAAGAAAUUCACCGCUAGAGAAUUUCAUACUUGAGCGAUGCGUGCCAGGUCCGUGUUGGGUACAAGUCUCGAACGCAAGCCGCGUCACUGGGAUAUCAUCAUGUCGUUGGAGCCUUAACGUGGACUCGCCAGCUCAGUUCAGAGUGCUCGCGGCGGAGGAGAUUCCAGCGUCGCAACCGCCAGGGCUGCGCGUACUGACGUUUUCCUUGCGCACGAUCGCUGAGGCAUCUCCUACAUCGUUCGAAAUAGCGAUAAUCUGCGCGACUGUAUUCGAUAAUGUGCCCACGAACCGGAACUUGGGCGAAACGCCGCACCCUUCCAUGCAGUUUGGCAUCGUUCGGCCGCCAGCGCAUGAGGCAUUCCCUUUCGGUUUCGAGCGAAUGAUUUCGGGAAGAAGAAUUCUUCGCGAGCGGAACGAGCUCGCCAUGAUCGAGCGCUUUCUCCGCGAAAUCAAUCAGCUAGAUCCAGAUGUCAUCAUUUGCCACCAGCUCCUCACGAGCCAAUUCGAUGUGUUCUUGAAAAGAAUGCGUGAGCUGCGUCUCCGUGACUGGUGGCAGCUCGGCCGGCUUGUUCAGCGACGUCCUUUGCAAGAUUUUCGAAGUCAUAUGCAAGCAUCUGGUCGCGGUUUGAAUCCUGCACUGGCUCGGCAAAUUUUCGCCGGGCGGCUCUUAUGCGACACAGAGGAGGCGGCUCGAGAGUACUUGCACAAGGAGAAGGACUAUGGGCUCCGUGUCCUCUGCCGGGCGCUCCUCGGCUCCUACAAAAGCGCCGCGACGGGUAGCGAUGGUGAAUGGUCAGCCCAAGCCAUGCGUUCAGUUUAUCGCGAGGCGAAGCAUCUCGUGGGGGCCAUCGACUCAUGUCUGGAAGACGCCAAGCUCAGCUUCCUCUUGGCAGACCGACUGGCGGUCAUUCCGCUUACGAAUGAGCUCGCCAGCAUAUGUGGAUACCCUUGGGGUAAGACGAUGCUUGGAAAUCGAGCUGAGCGCAUUGAGUAUCUGCUGCUGCACGAGAUCCACCGUUCUGGCAAGUACGUUGCGCCUGAUCGGAGUUCGGGCCAAAGAGCCAGCAUCCGACCGAAACGCCCAAGCUUCGACCCGACAGCGCAGGCAAGCGCCGACAAAAGGCUGGACGCUGCGAGAACUCCCUCCAGUACACAGAGAGGUGCCUCAACACCGACCACAACUGAGGGCAGCGCACUCGAGCUUGCGUCUUCAGCCAAACGGCGCAAACCUGCCUACCAAGGGGGAUAUGUGCUCGAGCCAAAGCGCGGUCUUUACGGGACUUGCGUUCUGCAACUCGACUUUAGCUCCCUCUACCCGUCCAUCAUUCAGGAAUACAACAUAGACUUUACCACCGUCACAUUGGACUCUGAGGGAAACGCCCUCUUGCCCAAACAUAGCAACGAGCUGGGCAUUCUUCCAACCGUGCUUCGGAGGCUCGUUCAGCGACGAAGACAGGUUCGAGAAGCGGCUCGCAACGAGUCGAGCCCUGUCCGCCAGCAACAGCUGCACACCAGGCAGCUAGCGCUCAAACUGACAGCGAACGCCCUGUAUGGUUGUUUGGGAUACGUCCACUCGCGUUUCCACAUUCGCGAACUUGCGGAACUGAUCACACGAACUGGACGGGAAACGCUUGAGCGUACAGUAGAGCUCGCGGAACAAGUUUUGCUUCGAAAGCUCGACGACCUGGUUGCAGCGUCAAACGUACCGGAUCGUGCUUCUGGGGUCCAGCCUCGCGUUAUCUACGGCGAUACGGACUCGAUCUUCAUCGACAGCGGGAUUCCUUUUUCCUCUGAUUCCGUGCAGCGUAUCAUGGAGCUGGGCCAUGCUAUUCGCCGCGAGGUUAAUAAGCAGUACCAUACUUUGGAAAUUGAAAUCGAAGCGUUGUAUGUGCGUAUGUUAUUACUGAACAAGAAGAAAUAUGCCGCGCUCAAGUACCAGAUCGAUACCGGCUCAUUCAGCAAGGAGGUCAAAGGCAUCGAAGUCGUUCGACACGACUGGUGCGCGCUCGUCGCCGCAGCGGGCAACUUUGCCCUGGAUCAGAUUUUGGACCCAACCUGUGUGGCCACGGAAGCGAAAGACCGCAUUUGCAAGUACUUGUCGGAGCUGGCGACGCGCAUGCGGCAAGGACGCGUCGACCUAGAUCAGUUCGUUAUCACCAAACAGCUGACCCAUGACCCGGAUGCCUACGAUGAUGCAGCGAUCCAGCCGCAUGUGCAGGUCGCCCUGCGUCGGCGAGAACGUGGAUACGUCGUCGCAGCUGGCACCUUUAUCCAGUACGUUGUGUGCCGGGAGCCGUGCGAUACUCGGCUUCGACGAGGAGAGGCAAUCGAUGGUGCUCGCGCACCCAUCGAUACCGUUGCACGUCGGGCGUGCCAUCCGGAUGAGUACCGCGAAGCACAGGGCAUGCUGCAUCUCGAUAUCGACUGGUAUUUAGAGAAUCAGUUGCAUGCGGUGCUGAGGCGUAUAACGGAGUCUGUUCCAGGCCUUGAUGCCGCUGCACUGGCGUGCUGUCUUGGUCUGAACGCCCAACCGUUCCUGCGAGCUCGAAUCAUGGCCGACCAGAUGACACCCGGAAGCACCGCGUCGAGUCAAGACCAACGUCGCAAGCUUCUUGUCGAGGAUCUUUUUGGUGCGUUGUCCGAUCCGCUCGUGGUGCCGUUCACAGCCCAGUGUCCCGCUUGUGAUCAGCGGUUUCCCAUCGAUUUCCGCUUCGAAGGCGAACACAUCAGACCGGCCAUUCAUAUUGAUCGUUGCCCACGACCAGCUUGCGGUGCCGUCAUCCCAGUCACCGUGCUUAAGCAGCAGUUAAUCGUGUUCAUUCGCCACGUGAUCCGUCGGUACUACACGAGUCCCGAACUGUUGAGAGGCCAUGCUUGUCGAGCCGCCGACGACGACUGGCUCGCGCACCAAGACUCGGAUGUUACGUCGUUCCCGUUGUCAAGUGAAUCGCUUCUCCAGGAGGGAAUCUCUGAACGCGAAUAUGGCGAACGCACGCUCUAUGCGCAAUUGGAGCGAUUACAACUUGCCUUGGGCAAAAAUUCCGACGAUCCAGAUGCGGAGAAGCCGUCCGGGGGUUCAGCAUCCACAGCUGCUGUGGCGUUGCAAGCCCUUGUUCAGUCGUAUCUAGAUGCAUGCGCGUACCAGUACGUUGAGCUCAGAGCCUUGUUCUCCUGA